CCCGCGACUGCUUCUUGUUUUGCCUUUUCAUUUCGCUUGCUUUCGACUUCUAGGGUUAGGGUUUCUCUUUGUUCAGGCGAAGCACCAAAGCUCUCUUCCUUCUUUCGGCUUUUCUGUACAAUAAGGAGAUCUUGUUCCGAUUCGCCGAAACGAUGCAGCCUGUACCUGGUGUUGCACCUCACAGUAUGCCUCACCAAGCCCCUCAGUAUCAGCAACAGCAACCUCCUUACAUGAUGAUGCCUCCUCAGCCGCCUCAAGUGCAGCCUUCCACUCAGAUGUGGCCUCAGCAGCCGCAGGCUUCUUCGCCUCAGGGCCAACCAUCUCAACCAGCCAACGCCGAUGAGGUCCGUACGCUCUGGAUCGGAGACUUGCAAUACUGGAUGGACGAGAGCUAUAUUUUUAAUUGCUUGGCUCAUACAGGCGAGAUUUCAUCCGUGAAAGUCAUUCGGAACAAGCAAAACGGCCAGUCUGAGGGUUACGGCUUCAUUGAAUUUUUGACGCGUCCAGCUGCAGAAAGAGUACUUCAAACCUAUAACGGUACCCCGAUGCCCAAUGGGGCACAAAAUUUUAGAUUGAACUGGGCAUCAGCUGGGGAGAAGCGACAGGACGAUUCUCCUGAUUACACAAUUUUUGUAGGGGAUUUAGCUGGUGAUGUUACUGAUUAUGUGUUACAAGAGACGUUUAGGGCACGUUUUACCUCCGUUAAGAGUGCCAAAGUUGUGAUUGAUAGGCUCACUGGACGCACUAAAGGUUAUGGGUUUGUAAAGUUUGGAGACGAGAAUGAACAAAUGCGGGCGAUGACUGAGAUGAAUGGGGUUCUCUGUUCAACCAGGCCCAUGCGAAUUGGACCUGCUGCUAACAAGAACACUUCUGGGAGUCAGCAAUAUGCGAAAACUUCAUACCAGAAUCCUCAAGGGGCUCAAGAUGAGAAUGAUCCAAAUAAUACGACUCUAUUUGUGGGGAAUUUGGAUUCUAAUAUCACAGACGAUCACUUGAGACAUGUUUUUGGUCAGUAUGGGGAAUUGGUGCAUGUAAAGAUACCUGUAGGCAAACGAUGUGGUUUUGUGCAAUUUUCCGACAGAAACUGUGCUGAGGAAGCAUUGCGUAUGUUGAAUGGAUCCCAAAUUGGUGGGCAGAACAUUAGACUUUCAUGGGGACGUAGUUCUUCAAAUAAACAGCCUCAGGCGGAUCCUAACCAAUGGAACGGAGGCAGCUAUCACGGAUAUGGGCAAGGAUACGAAAACUAUAGCUAUGCACCAGCCCCGCAGGACCCUAAUAUGUUCUACGGUGGCUACAGCGGCUAUGGUAGUUACCAGCAGCCACCACCACAGCAACCGCAGCAACAGCAAGGAGGGUACAUGUAGAUUUGAUGUUUUGUUGUUCUCUGCCCUGCCCUCCCCCUGUUAUGUGAUUUGGUUAAAAAUUUUGAAAACGCUAUUUCAACCUUCUCAUCCACAGUAACUCUCUUCCUUCCUGUUCUCUAUUCUUCCAUAACUCUUUGAUGACAUUAAAAAAACCCUUCUUUUCCCCUUUCUUUUUAUCAUGUUUGAUUGUGUACUUCGUGUGUAUCUUUUUAAGAAGAGCAAGUGAGCUACUGAUUUACAUACUGGCAAGUAGAUUAUCAGUGAAUGUAGCUUGAAUAUGAAGUUUCACUUCUA